AUGUUCAUUAACAUCAUCCUCUCUACACCAAGAUGGUUGUACUCCCAUUUGUGGCUCUCAGACGUAGCCAUAGUGCUCCUCAUAGUUUUUAUCUUCAACUCGUUGCUUCAAAGGCUCACGACGAAGGGUCCUAUGGUAUGGCCGGUUUUUGGAAUGAUUCCAACGGUAGUCUUCCAUCUCUUCAACUUUUACGAAUGGGGUACCAAAGCUUUGAUUGAAUCCGGUGGAACCUUUUACUACGAAAGCAUAUGGAUGGGUGGUAUAUAUGGAGUUGCCACGUGUGAUCCCGCUAAUAUUGAAUACAUGCUCAAGACAAAUUUCAAGAACUUCCCAAAAGGAAAAGAUUAUAGAGAAACAUUAGAUGAUUUUCUUGGAGAUGGAAUCUUUAAUGCCGAUGAUGAGUUGUGGAGGAUACAACGUCGAGUGGCUAACUCUGAAAUGCAUUCAGCUCGGUUUAUGCAAUUUUCCAUGGAAUCCAUCAAAUCGCUUGUUCAUGACAAGUUGUUGAAGGUUUUGGAGGCUAAAAAGGGGUCUUCUGUGGAUAUGCAAGAUGUCCUUCUUCGUUUUACUUUUGACAACACUUGUGCAGUGGCAUUUGGUAUCAAUACAGGGUGUUUGGAUGUUGAUUUACCCGAAUCUCCCUUUGCUAAGGCCUUUGAGAAAGUGACUUAUGCAAGUUUGAUGAGGUUUUUGAUCCCUAGUUUUCUAUGGAAGCCGAUGAGGUUUUUCAAAGUGGGCUAUGAAAAAACACUAUAUGACUCUGCCAAAAUCGUGCAUGCGUUUUCUGAGAAAAUAGUAAGAGAAAGGAAGAUGGAAUUAUUAUCUAAUAACAAGGAGGAUAUAAAUGAUGCUUCAUGGUGUGAUCUUUUGUCAAGGCUUAUAAUCAUGGAACAAGAUAAAAAAGAAGAAAUUUUUACUGAUAAAUUGCUUAAAGAUUUUUGUAUAAGUUUCAUUUUAGCAGGUAGAGACACAAGCUCAUUGGGGUUAUCAUGGUUCUUCUGGUUGAUUAUCAACCAUCCAUCUAUAGAAACUCAAAUCCUCAAUGAACUUCACAGCAUCAUACGACAACGAGAAAAUGCUAAUCAGAGAAAUCAAGAAAACAUAGUAUUUACAGAAGAAGAACUGAAUAAAAUGGUGUAUCUGCAAGCAGCAAUAUCUGAAUCCCUACGUUUGUACCCUCCCGUUUCAUAUGAUCACAAAGAACCACUCGAAGAUGACGUGCUCCCUGAUGGAACCGCGGUGACAAAGAAUGCACGAGUGGUCUAUUGCAUGUAUGCCAUGAGUAGGAUGGAGAGCCUUUGGGGUAAAGAUUGUCUCGAGUUUAGGCCCGAAAGGUGGAUCAAAGAUGGCAAAUUCGUAAGUGAAAGCCCGUUCAAGUAUACUGUGUUUAAUGCAGGUCCAAGAUUGUGUGUGGGAAAAAAGUUUGCAUAUGUACAAAUGAAAAUGGUAGUUGCUUCGGUUUUAUUGAGGUAUAGAUUAAAAUUGGUUGAAGGACACAAAGUAUGUCCAAAAAUAAGCAUGACACUGUAUAUGAAGCAUGGGCUAUUGGUUACAAUUGAGCCCAGGGGAAUGUUUAUAGCCUGAUGCUGA